UCAUAGGCACUUUGAAACAACGCAAGGACUGCAAUGCCAAGACCUUGUCUUCUCAUUUUGAUAUUGGCCAGUGCUCUAACUUCUGGAACUGGUGGAUUUAGUAUCAGGCUUGUGAAUGGUAGUAAUGACUGCUCUGGAAGAGUUGAGAUCCUUCAUGAUGGCCGGUGGGGAACAGUGUGCGAUGAUUCCUGGAACAUUGAAGAUGCUACUGUGGUGUGCAGACAGUUGGGAUGUGGAGAAGCUGUUCGUGCAAACUCCCAGGCUUAUUUUGGCCGGGGAAGUGAUCCGAUCUGGUUGGAUGAUGUGAAAUGUUCAGGAAAUGAAUCAUCCCUCACACAGUGUUCACACAAUCCUUUUGGAGAACACAACUGCGGUCAUCAUGAAGAUGCAGGUGUCGUCUGCUUACUGGACAAGCUACCAGACAUAAGAUUGGUCAGUGGGUCUGAUUCAUGCUGUGGAAGAGUGGAGAUCCAGUAUAAUGGCCAGUGGGGAACCGUGUGUGAUGAUGACUGGGACAUGAACGAUGCUGCUGUGGUGUGCAGACAGUUACAGUGUGGCUCAGCCAUCAGUGCACCUCAAAGUGCCGCCUUUGGUCAAGGCCAAGGAUCGAUCUGGCUGGAUGAUGUUGGAUGUUCGGGAGGGGAAGGAAACCUCAUAAACUGUUCACACAGAGGACUAGGAAAUAACGACUGUAAUCAUGCUAAAGAUGCUGGUGUUGUUUGUUCAAGAGGUGACCUGGAGAAGCCCACUCUUUCCCUGAUCACUACACAUGCAGUUGUUUCUCCUGGAGAAAACAUUCAGUUCAGAUGCACAACACCUAAAUCAAGAUGCAAUGCUGAUGCUGAAUUCCACCUCUUCAUAAAUGGAUCAUCUGUGUCCUCUAAGAAACACGUUUCUAGUGCGACUUUCAACCUUGUUAAUGUAGACGUCUCACAUCAGGGCAUCUACAGCUGUAAUUACUCCUACCAAAACACCAUUAUAAAGUCGCCUUGGAGUAACACUGUUCAAAUCACUGUAGUGCACUUGCAGCAGCCCAGCUUGCCCCGCAUUGCUCCUGAUGGCCGGUUUGACGUGGCGCCUCAGGGGCCACUGAUCACCUGGGGCCACAGUUUCACCAUCAUCUGUUCCACUGAAUCUCAGUAUCCUGGAGGCUUCUUCUACCUGUUUAGGGACUCAAAUAUCACCAAUUUUCAGUCAGCUGUCAAUCUCUCUGCCUCCUUCUCCUUUCCUGAGGCAGAUUAUUCCCAUGAAGGAAACUACAGCUGUGUUUAUGAAGUCAGUUUGUCCUCACGCACCUUCCAUUCGUCUGCCUCUGAACUGCUGGUCAUCACUAUCAAAGCCUCCCUGCUUCCUGUCAUCGGUGCUGCGGUGUCAGCUGUGCUGCUCUUACUGUCUGUCCUCGUAAUCAUCCUCCUGGUCAAGAGGAGACAAGAGCAAAGGAAAAAGGAAGCUCAUUUUAAGUGCUCUUUUAAAAAAGGUCCAGCUAAUAUGUAUGCAUGUGGAUCCAAUGGCAACAAAAAUGAAGAUUAUGAUGAUGAGGCUGAUUAUGAAAAUGUACAACUUGAUGAAAACAUGGUUCAUGAUGAUUCUGAUCAGGACUAUAUUAAUAUAGACUCUUAUCAUUCUGAAGAGGACCAUGUCAAUGUGGACACGGAUGGCUCUGAAGAAGACUAUGUUAACAUGAAUAUAACAGAUAAUAAAAGUGUGGUAGUCAAAUCUGAUGAUAACAUUUAUCAAAGCUGUUGUGAUGAAUAUUCUGUGGUUUUAAAUGAUUACCUGUUUACUGGAGGUCAAGACAUCAAACUGGUCAAUGGUUUAGACGGCUGCUUUGGGACAGUUGAGGUCUUGAAUAAUGGCACGUGGGGAACAGUGUGUGAUGACUCCUGGGACAUUAUUGAUGCUGCUGUGGUGUGCAGACAGCUGGGAUGUGGAAGAGCUAUUAGUGCACACGAUGCAGUUAAUAUGCAAGAUGUGCUCCAUAGAGACCAAAAUGAAGAGAAUGCUGAUGAUGACUAUGAGAUUGUAGAUAUGGAUGAUGGAGAUCAUGAAGAUGUCAACUCUGACUCUGAACAAGACUAUGUAAAUGUAGAUCAGGAUGACUCUGAACAGGACUAUGUCAAUGUAGAAACAGACGAUUCAGAACAGGACUAUGUCAAUAUUACAGAACAGAGAACCAGUGCUCUGAUUUCUGUAGCUGGUGGAUUUAGUAUCAGGCUUAUGAAUGGUAGUAAUGACUGCUCUGGAAGAGUUGAGAUCCUUCAUGAUGGCCGGUGGGGAACAGUGUGCGAUGAUUCCUGGGACAUUGAAGAUGCUACUGUGGUGUGCAGACAGUUGGGAUGUGGAGAAGCUGUUCGUGCAAACUCCGAGGCUUAUUUUGGCCGGGAAAGUGAUCCGAUCUGGUUGGAUGAUGUGAAAUGUUCAGGAAGUGAAUCAUUCCUCACACAGUGUUCACACAAUCCUAUUGGAGAACACAACUGCGGUCAUCAUGAAGAUGCAGGUGUCGUCUGCUUACUGGACAAGCUACCAGACAUAAGAUUGGUCAGUGGGUCUGAUUCAUGCUGUGGAAGAGUGGAGAUCCAGUAUAAUGGCCAGUGGGGAACCGUGUGUGAUGAUGACUGGGACAUGAACGAUGCUGCUGUGGUGUGCAGACAGUUACAGUGUGGCUCAGCCAUCAGUGCACCUCAAAGUGCCGCCUUUGGUCAAGGACAAGGAUCGAUCUGGCUGGAUGAUGUUGGAUGUUCGGGAGGGGAAGGAAACCUCAUAAACUGUUCACACAGAGGACUAGGAAAUAACGACUGUAAUCAUGCUAAAGAUGCUGGUGUUGUUUGUUCAAGAGGUGACCUGGAGAAGCCCACUCUUUCCCUGAUCACUACACAUGCAGAUGUUUCUCCUGGAGAAAACAUUCAGUUCAGAUGCACAACACCUAAAUCAAGAUGCAAUGCUGAUGCUGAAUUCCACCUCUUCAUAAAUGGAUCAUCUGUGUCCUCCGAGAAACACGUAUCUAGUGCGACUUUCAACCUUGUUGACGUAGGCGUCUCACAUCAGGGCAUCUACAGCUGUAAUUACUCCUACCAAAACACCAUUAUAAAGUCGCCUUGGAGUAACACUGUUCAAAUCACUGUAGUGCACUUGCAGCAGCCCAGCUUGCCCCGCAUUGCUCCUGAUGGGCGGUUUGACGUGGCGCCUCGGGGGCCACUGAUCACCUGGGGCCACAGUUUCACCAUCAUCUGUUCCACUGAAUCUCAGUAUCCUGGAGGCUUCUUCUACCUGUUUAGGGACUCAAAUAUCACCAACUUUCAGUCAGCUGUCAAUCUCUCUGCCUCCUUCUCCUUUCCUGAGGCAGAUUAUUCCCAUGAAGGAAACUACAGCUGUGUUUAUGAAGUCAGUUUGUCCUCACGCACCUUCCGUUCGUCUGCCUCUGAACUGCUGGUCAUCACUAUCAAAGCCUCCCUGCUUCCUGUCAUCGGUGCUGCGGUGUCAGCUGUGCUGCUCUUACUGUCUGUCCUCGUAAUCAUCCUCCUGGUCAAGAGGAGACAAAAGCAAAGGAAAAAGGAAGCUCAUUUUAAGUGCUCUUUUAAAAGAGGUCCAGUUAAUAUGUAUGCAGGUACAUCCUAUGACAAAAAAAAUGAUGAUGAUGAUGAUGAUGAUGAGAAUGAUUAUGAAAAUGUUCAACUUAAUGAUAAAAACAUGGAUCAUGAUGACUCUGAAGAGGACUAUGUCAAUGUGGACAUGGAUGACUCUGAAGAGGACUAUGUCAAUGUGGUCACGGAUGACUCUGAUGAGGACUAUGUCACUAUGAAUGUUACAGAGAAUAAAAGUGUGGUAGACAAAUCUAAUGAUAACAUUUAUGAAAUCUAUGAAUAGUAUUUCUGAGUGAACCUAAAAUUCUAUAAUUAAUGAGGCUCCAAACAGAUGAAAUAUGGCAGCCAAGUCCAGUUGACAGUAAAUGAUAUAAACAGAGACUAAACAAAUCUUUGCUUGUUUGUUUGGUCCCACUGACUUUUACUAGUGAAGAUUGUUUUCAGAUAAUACAAUAAAAAGAUACACUAUUUUAUGAUA